GAGAGAGAGAGAGAGAGAGAGAGAGAGAUGGCGACGGAGAUGGCGGGCGAGGGCGGGGGGCGUAGGAGGAGGGUUCAGAGGGUGUUGGUGAUGCGGCACGGCGACCGGGCGGACCACGCGGAGCCGAUGUGGGUGCUGCGCGCGGCGCGGCCGUGGGACCCGCCGCUGACGGAGGCCGGCCGGAUCCGCGCGUGGACCGUCGGCAAGCGCAUCCGCUGCCUCCAGACCGCCGCCGCCGCCGUCGACCGCGUGCUCGUCUCCCCCUUCCUCCGCUGCCUCCAGACCGCCGCCGAGGCCGUCUCCGCCCUCUGCGCCGCCGUCGACCGCCACGCCGUCCCCCUCGACCCCUCCCGCCUCAAGGUCUCAAUUGAAUACGGGCUAUGUGAGAUGUUAAAUACUCGAGCAAUGGGUCCAAACACUGCUCCUGUGGAUGGGAAGUGGUUUCCUGAAAUAUCAGAACUUGAAGCUGUUUUACCGGCUGGAACGAUAGAUCAUUCAGUAGGGCCUGUUUACGAAAAGAUGCCACAGUGGGAGGAGUCUGUGCCGGAGGCAAGGAACAGAUUUGCGAGUGUUAUUCAGGUUCUUGCUGACAAAUACCCGCAAGAGAAUUUGCUUCUGGUCACCCAUGGCGAGGCCAUUGGGGUUUCAAUUUCUUACUUCAAGAAGGAUGCGGAAGUUUUCGACGUGGAAUACUGUGCAUUUUCUCAUCUAGAAAGGGAAAUUACCUUCGAAUCGGAAGAGGAAUUCACUGCUGGAAACUUCAAGGUUGUAACUAAAGAUGGCCAAACGGGUAUUCGCUAUACUUACUCCACAUUAGACUGAUUUAGAUGGUACUAGAAAUAUGCGAAUUCCGAAUUAUGAGAAUUCGCAAAACUUAGAACUAUCUUCUUAUUCUUGUUUGGAAGGUCCCAAAACUAUUGAUUUUAGAUUUAAUUUAAACUUUUUUUCCCAUUUAGGAAGUUCUUGAAAGCCACCAUUUUUGGGAAUACUUUGUUACUGAUUUUGUUCCGAAAUGUUUUAUAUUUUACUAAUUUUUCACAAUGACAAUUUGAGAAGUAAUGCUCAUUGCGAAUACAGCGGUUGGAAUUUGGAAAUACAACAGUUAGAUUUUUUUUUCCCCAUUUUGGUUUUAACGUUCAUUGUUAAAGGAGCGUUUUGGUGUAAUAUAAAUGUAAAUAUAGUAUAAUUAAAGAUGCAUGAAGUUUGAAAUGCAACAAUUUUUUUUGCGUA